AUGUUCUACCAAAUCUUUUUGCAAAAGGGGUUAUCAGCCAGGUUGACAAGGAAGAAAUUAUCGCUGAAGAAACUAAUCAUGGCCCCCAAGUAGCUGCCCUGAUGCUGAUAGACAGAAUAUACCGUCAUAAGCCUGGCUGGUACAGAGACUUUUUAGAGGUAUUAGAAGCAACUGGUUAUGAACAUCUUGUAAAGGAAAUAGAUCCAGACUUUGUUUCAGGAAUGGAGACUUUGGGUGAAGAGAAUAGACAGUUUUCACACAAAGAAUUGCUUCGGGUAUUUGAACCAGCAUUUGUGAUGAAUCUUAUCCCAUCGCAUCUUCUGCCUUUUUGUCCAUUCCUCCGUGAAUCUCAACACGCAAUCUUGAGAGCAGAAAGGACCAGCUCACCACAAAAAGCAGUGAUGGAGCUCUUUGAAAAGUUACAGGCAGUAGAUGAAGUGAAAGAACCAGGGUGGUUUCAAUCAUUUCUCGAUGCACUGGAAUCAGCGGAAUUUUUCACCUUGGCCAACCUACUGCAAGACACUUUGACACAUUCACCAGAGACUGAUGAAAACUGCAAGCAUAUCAUCAAUGUAUUCACUCCUCUUCUCUAUGAAAAUAUAAUACCCAGGGAUGUUCUACCAAAUCUUUUUGCAAAAGGGGUUAUCAACCAAUCUGACAAGGAAGAAAUUAUGGCUGAAGAAACUAAUCAUGGCUCCCAAACAGCUGCCCAAAUGCUGAUAGACAGAAUAUACCGACAUAAGCCUGGCUGGUACAGAGACUUUUUAGAGGUAUUGGAAGCAACUGGUUAUGAACAUCUUGUAAAGGAAAUAGAUCCAGACUUUGUUUCAGGUGUAAAGGAGACCCUAGAUGCUGAUGGUGCAAAUGGGAGUGGUGGAAAUAAUGGUAGGAAAACCGAGAAGACCGCCUCCAUCUGCCUCUAA